AUGCAGCUACGAGACCAGAACAGUCGUGUCGGCAGCUGCAUGUGGUGCCUAUUCGAGGCACACACGGAGGCCAAUGUCGGGCGCGGGGCCACCGUGCGCUUCCGUGGCUACACCCAAGCAGUCAGCCAGCACUUCGUAAAGCGGAAUGCAGGCAAGAGCCUGAAGGUCGGCGCCCGGGCUCUCAAGAAGACCCAUCGGCAUUUCGUCAGCACGGGCAGUGUCAUGCAGGCGAUGUACAGGAUGCUCCACCUUGGGACUCCACACAAGAUCACGCAGAAGCAGUUCGAUGAGGCGGCGCUCCAGACUGGGUGCAAGGGCCUGACUGCCUUUGCGGCCCUGCCGUACGUCGACCUGUCGUGCCUCUUCACUGUCUCCACCGGCCAUGCCCUGCUGUUCGGAGUGGUCAGCGACUUUGUGGACUACACGCUGAGGUCGCUCAAAGACAUCAAGCCAGCAGACCCAGAUGCCAAGCUGGUCAUGUCUCGUGAAGCACGCCAGCGGGUCACGGCCCGCGGCCAGUUCCUGGUCGUGACUUCGGACUUUGGGCGGCGGUACAAAUGCAUCAUGCAGUACCGCAAGAGCUACCGCAUGGAGGACUGGCUGCACUUCGUUGAGACGUUCUCCAGCUACAUCUUCAAGGGGGACGUGCUGCCCGAGGCCUUGCGGGCCCUGUGUUGGAGCCUGUGCAGCACGGUCACGCACUACUUCCGGCUGCGGCCCCCUGACGAGACCCGUGAGCAGUUCCUGGUGGCAGCCAAGGCGGCUGCAUACAAGCUCAGAGCUUACACGACCAGGCUGGAGGAGUUGGAGGUGCCGGGCUACAUGUUCACGGUCAACCUGCAUAUCUGCGUAUGCUGGCUGUACUCCGACCUGCCGGCCCGCUCCUUAUUGCGUGCCGAGGCACUCGAUGAGGAGCAGUACUUCGGGGCUGAGUAUGGGCGCCAGCAGCAGCGGAUCUCCUGCUGGGCAUGCUACCAGGCAGAAGUCGGCAACGAGACUCGGACGUAUGCGGCCUACCUCAAGCACUUCGUCCACCUGCCCGCAGAAGAUGGCGCUCAGGAUGUCCGCUUCACUGUCGCAGAUGUGUACUCGGGACAGGUGUUCAGCGAGGGGCUGGUGGUGGUCAACAUGGCGGCCGCCCAGACAGCGAGGGCAGGCAGCCAGUGGGAGAUGUGGCAGGACCUAGGGCUGCCGCUAAGUGAGCUGAAGGGCAAGUUCUGCACAGCCGCCCCGGAGGGGGACCGAAAGGGGCUGAUCAAGAGCUACCGCAUGGAGGACUGGCUGCACUUCGUUGAGACGUUCUCCAGCUACAUCUUCAAGGGGGACGUGCUGCCCGAGGCCUUGCGGGCCCUGUGUUGGAGCCUGUGCAGCACGGUCACGCACUACUUCCGGCUGCGGCCCCCUGACGAGACCCGUGAGCAGUUCCUGGUGGCAGCCAAGGCGGCUGCAUACAAGCUCAGAGCUUACACGACCAGGCUGGAGGAGUUGGAGGUGCCGGGCUACAUGUUCACGGUCAACCUGCAUAUCUGCGUAUGCUGGCUGUACUCCGACCUGCCGGCCCGCUCCUUAUUGCGUGCCGAGGCACUCGAUGAGGAGCAGUACUUCGGGGCUGAGUAUGGGCGCCAGCAGCAGCGGAUCUCCUGCUGGGCAUGCUACCAGGCAGAAGUCGGCAACGAGACUCGGACGUAUGCGGCCUACCUCAAGCACUUCGUCCACCUGCCCGCAGAAGAUGGCGCUCAGGAUGUCCGCUUCACUGUCGCAGAUGUGUACUCGGGACAGGUGUUCAGCGAGGGGCUGGUGGUGGUCAACAUGGCGGCCGCCCAGACAGCGAGGGCAGGCAGCCAGUGGGAGAUGUGGCAGGACCUAGGGCUGCCGCUAACCCCAGCCACCCUCCAUAGCAUCAGGAACAAGAAAGAGGGCAACGGGUAA